AUGCCUACCAUUAACGUCGACAAGUACCGCCUCUUUGAGGAACUUGGUGAGCAGUUCACUCCCGACACCUUCCAACAGCUCUGCUUCGAGUUCGGCAUCGAGCUCGACAAGGACACCGAGGAGGAUGAGACGCGCCCCAAGGAUCAGGCCCCCGAGCUGGCCAUCGAGAUCCCCGCCAACCGCUACGACAUGCUCUGCUUCGAGGGCAUCGCCAUGUACCUGAACAUCUUCCGCGGCAAGCAGACCACCCCCGACUUCAAGUUGCUCGACAUCCCCGAGGACAAGAUGCAAACGAUCACGGUCAGCCCCGAGACCGAGAAGGUCCGCCCCUACGUCGCCGGCGCCAUCCUGCGCAACGUCAAGUUCACCCCCGAGAGAUACGAGUCCUUCAUCGGCCUGCAGGACAAGCUUCACCAGAACCUGGCCAGGCAAAGAACCCUCGUCUCCAUCGGCACCCACGAUCUCGACACCGUCCAGGGCCCCUUCACCUACGAGGCCCUUGCCCCCAAGGACAUCAACUUUGUCCCCCUCAACCAGACCAAGAAGAUGAACGGCGAAGAGCUGAUGCAGUUCUACGAGUCCGACAAGCACCUCGGCCGCUACCUGCACAUCAUCCGCGACAAGCCCGUCUACCCCGUCGUCUUCGACGCCAACAAGACCGUCUGCUCGCUGCCGCCCAUCAUCAACGGCGACCACUCCAAGAUCACGCUCGACACCAAGAACGUCUUCAUCGAGAUCACCGCCACCGACCAGACCAAGCUCGACAUUGUCUGCAACAUCAUGGUCGCCAUGUUCUCCCAGUACUGCGAGGAGCCCUUCACCAUCGAGCCCGUCAAGAUCGUGUCGGAGCACAACGGCACCACCCGCGUCACCCCCAGCCUGCACACCCGUGUCAUGGACGUCGAGGUUGACUACCUCAACCAGUGCUGCGGUCUGCAAAAGUCGCCUGAGGAGCUGUGCAAGCUGCUCGGCAAGAUGGCUUAUACUGCUGUCCCCGACAAGGAGGACGCCAAUAUCAUCAAGGUCUCUGUGCCUCCUACCCGUGCCGAUGUGUUGCACGCCUGCGAUGUGAUGGAAGACGUCGCCAUCGCCUACGGCUACAACAACCUCCCCCGCACCUCCCCCAACCAAGCCUCCACCAUCGGCAAGCCGCUCAUGAUCAACAAGGUCUCCGACAUUGUGCGCAACGAGUGCGCCAUGGCCGGCUGGAUCGAAGUCAUGCCCUUGAUCCUCUGCUCGCACGAGGAGAACUUUGAGUGGCUCAACCGCGUCGACGACGGCCAGACCGCCGUCAAGCUCGCCAACCCCAAGUCCGUCGAGUACCAAGUCGUGCGCACCUCGCUGCUGCCCGGUCUGCUCAAGACUUUGCGCGAGAACAAGUCGGUCCGUUUGCCGCUUAAGAUCACUGAGGUCGCCGACAUCGCGUUGAAGGACGAGACCAAGGAGCGCAAGGCGCGCAAUGAACGUCAUUUCGCGGCGGCUUUCUAUGGCAAGACUUCUGGUUUCGAAGUCGUCCACGGCCUUUUGGACAGGAUCCUGUCCAUGUUGAGGGUCAGCUUCGUCACGCACGAGGAGGACCUCCACGGCAAGAGCAUCGAUUACAAGGUGGCCGAGAACCCGAGCGAGGAGAAGGGUAACGGGUACUUCAUCAAGGAGAUUGACGAGCCUACCUUCUUCCAGGGGAGGGCGGCGGCGAUUUAUCUGCGCUUGGGAGGCGAGACCAAGAGGAUUGGCGAGUUUGGUGUGCUGCAUCCGACUGUCCUGGAGAAGUUUGACUUGAGAUACCCGGUUAGUGUGUUGGAGGUUAAUUUGGAGGUUUUCCUUUGA